AUGCCAAUGGCAGCAACUGCCUGGAGUUCAGAAAAGGAUGGAGAAUCUGUUGAAAAUAAAAACAAUGAAGGUCCCGAUAGCACAGCAGUUCCUGAUGGAGGGUGGGGCUGGCUGAUCGUUGUCAACUUUUUUCUAGUAAAUGUAUUUGUAAUCGGAACACUGAAAAACUUUGCCAUUUUCUUUGUGGCUGUCCAAGAAGAUAUUGGUGGCUCUUCUGAACAUGUCAGCUGGAUUGGGUCCAUUAUGUCCUCACUUCGAUUCCUAGCAGCACCUCUAGUAACUACAGUGUGUGAACUACUAGGAGAACGGAAAACUUCCUUGUUAGGGGCUCUCCUGGUUGGUGCUGGUUUUCUUAUUAGCACACUGGCCACAAGCAUUCCUUUUCUUUGGGUCUCUAUGGGAUUCCUAACAGGGCUGGGUUUUUGUCUGUUAUAUCAGAUAGCUGCUGUCAUGGUAAUUAAGUACUUCAGGAGAUACCUGGCUCUAGCCAAUGCAAUUGGCCGCUCAGGAAUGGGGCUGAGUGUUGUGCUAACACCACUUGUUCAAUUCCUUAUAGAAAUGUACAGUUGGCAAGGUUUCUUAUUGAUAUAUGGCGGCAUUGUGUUGAACCUUGUCCCUUCUAGCCUGCUACUACGGCCAGUUUAUAAGAAAAAAACCAGAGGCAUCGGUCCUAAAAGUGAAGGUCAAAUAGUUGCACUAAGUAUGCUUCCAGAGACUUUCAAAAGCAGCCUAGAUAAAAUCUGCACCAGAGAAUUGAACAUACUGGAUCCUCCCAAUCAAGAAUGUGCUAAAUUACACAACCUACAACAGCCUGAUAACUUAGCCCCAAUUAAUUACAAGCUUUCUGAAAUGUCACAUAAAAAUAGUUGUGUGGACACCUACAAGAAUGAUAACCAAACUGGUGAUCAAAGUUGCAUCCAAUCAAAUGAGAAAGGAAAAUCCAGGGUACAGCAUUUUAUCCAGAAGCAAUGCCAUCUUAUUGUUUCUCACUUGAAAAAUCCCUUCUUUUUUAUUUUCACAUGGUCUUUUCUCUUUAGUCAACUUGCCUAUUUUAUCCCAACUUUCCAUCUUGCAGCCAGAGCCAAAACAUUGGGUAUUGACCCAAUGGAUACUGCUUACAUCAUAUUAGUAGCUGGGAUAGUAGAGACAGUCAGUUUACUGGUCUCUGGCUGGAUUGCUCAUCAAAACUGGACCAAGACAUAUAAUUACCAUAAAACAUACCUCAUUCUUUGUGGGGUCACUAAUCUGCUGUGUCCACUGGCUACAACCUUCCCAUUACUUAUGAGUUACUCUGUAAUUUUUGCCAUUUUCAGUGGUGGAUAUCUUGCACUGCUGUUUCUUGUACUGGUAGAUCUUGUUGGUGCAGCCAGAUUUCACAGUGCCUUGGGACUUGCCUCAUUCAUUGCUGGGCUCGGAGUUAUUGUUGGACCUCCUAUAGCAGGUUGGCUGUAUGAUUACACACAGACAUAUGCAGGCUCCUUCAUUUUGACUGGUAUAUGUUUCCUUGUUUCAUCCAUUUCAUUAUUCUUGGAACCUUUAGCCCAAAAAUGGAGACAAGAAAGUAGCAAUAUCAUUGCUACAACAGUAGAAUGUAUUAUUUUUAUCUGA